AUGGCAUCACGAUCGCUGGGCGAGCGACUGCUCCGUCCCUCGACCUUUACACGCAUACCGCAGUCCUCGAGACAGACAACACCGUCCUGGACAUGUCAACGAACCAUAUCGAGAUCGCCAAGACAACCUGCGCAGCCACAGAGGAAGCAAGCAGACCAAAAUUACGUUCCCGAGCGAGCAGCCGCAAGUCCACAGCCCACCCAGAGUGAGACGUCACAGACAAUCGACUCCAUGCUCGGCGGUACGACCACGAACAGGGCACCAUAUAUGCCACGGGGCGCAGCACCUACCUCACCAGCCAACCGCGUCUUUGGAGAAGCCUUCGCGGGCACCCAGAGCAGACGGCCUGCCCACAAGCCAGGCCUGAAUUUCGACGACAUGGCAUUGUCCGACGACAUAGCCAACCCAAGUCUUGCCAACAAGCCUUCCGGUGCGGCAUCGCUCGCUGUACAACAGGAAGAGACGUUUUCUCAGUUCCCACGCUUGAACCCCGUAUACGGACGUACUGUAGAGUUGGAUCCUAGCCGCGGACGGGAUAUGGUGAGGGGUAUUGGCAUGCUGGGGAGUUUGAUGGCAAGGAACCAAGUCAAGCGCGACUUCAACAAACAGAGGUUCCACGAGAGAGGCGGAUUGAAGAGGAAGCGAUUGGCGUCUGAGAGAUGGAGGGCGAGGUUCAAGAAGGGUUUCCGCGACAUUGCGGAGCUGGACCGGGAGUCUCUUGCCGCGGACGGGCACAGGCCAGGGACCUCGAUUCGCGUACCCAACAUUGUCCAAGUUGACACAUGCACCUCGACCGUCGCAGCUGCCUCACGCGCAGUACCCGGCUUACAUGCGCUGAAUGAACGAUUGGCUUCUCCUCUCAAGAUUCUCGCCAUGAUCUCGAAACGACAGCCAUCGGCAUGGCUCCCUACCGUCGCAUUACUUUCCUUCUUGACAUCCCUUGCAACAGCAUUAACCGGCCAGGAGCCCAUGAAGAGCGUGGAAGAAGCACGAGGGUAUAAUCCUGGCGAGAUCAUUCCAGUCAGCUGUUUAAACCGAACCAUGUACGUCACAAUAUAUACACAAGGAGCUGCGAGUACAAUUGCUAACCUCGACGUCAGAGAAACCGGUGAACAUAUCACAGAUGCAGCCGGCCACCUCCAGUACAUACCUUUCCCAACCUGCAACGAAACGGGCCAACCCCUCCACCUAAACUUCGGCGUCGAAAAAGACGUGAACUGCACCAUAGACUUUGUGACCGACGAGUUCUUCCACCUUCUCGAGUUCUACAUCCACAACGAUGCGCCCCUGUCGUGCCGCAUUCCCUCGAAACCCUUGCCACCUUCCGUCAUGGAAACAGAGUACCGUGUGAGCGACGACAGCACACAGGAAGGCGCAUUAGGAACUCAGAGCACAAUGUACACACCUCUGAUCAUAGCAUUGGCGGGGACACUGCAGUUGAGCCACUUGCACGUGGGCAAUUAUUUGAACUUGCUGGUCCAUGCAGGGCCCAAGAGCGUGGCGCCUGGAACGGUGGAUGCUGCGACUGCAUAUUCCGUGUCAAGUCAUACAAGGAAUACCAAGAUUACCAUUGGGGAUCCGUUGAGUUUGGCGUUUAGUGUGAGGUGGUAUCCAAGCACUACGCUGCCUCCUGGCUGGAGUGGAUAUGGUGGACACAUCUAUACUAGUACUCUGGUGUACUGUUUCUUGAGUGCUGUGGCGAGUGCAGCCGUGUGCGUUGUUUACUUCCGUGGUGUUGAACUGCCCAGACGGCUGAAGAGGUACGCUACAGAUAGGAUGAAUGGUGGUGGAAGAGGAUUUGGCAACGGAGGCAGUGGCUAUGGCUUGCCUGUAGCCAACGGUCGAGGAAGUGGCAUGGGCAGUGGCUACGGAUUAGGCGGAUAUGGAUAUGGAGGUGGAGGCAAGAGAGUCGAUUGA